GUGGCGCAGAAGUACAAUUCCACGAUGGAGUUGCGCACGUUCCGCAGCCGUCCGCGCCUCUCGGCUGACUGGAGCGGCGAGUACGAAGAGAAAUCCUCCGAGUGGUUCGAGCUCUUCUUGGACCUUGUGCUCGUCGCCGCCUGCGCCAACGUGGCCGAGAAGCUCAAAGACGAGUUCACGCUCAACGGCUUCAUCUCGUUCACGCUCAUGACGAGCUUGUACGUCACGAGCUGGCACUGGUACGCGCACUUCCAUGGGCGCUUUAGCGAGUCGUCGCUUGCCCACUACGCGAUGCUCUUCAUCCUCCUCGGCGGUCUCGGCACCAUGGUGCUUGCGAGCGAACCCGGUUGGCACUUUUCGAUCGGUCUUCUCUUCGUGCGCAUUGCGCUGCUUGCGAUGAAUGCGGCAGUCUACCGCGUGCUGCCUGCGUCGCGGGACCGUCUCCGCGUCGACAUGACGAUCCUCGCGUGCAGCUGUGCCGUUCUACUGCUCGCGAUUGCCCGUCCGAUGUGCAGUAGCAACGCGUAUAUGGUCGUCCUUGUGCUCGAGAUUGUCGUGCUCUACGUGAGCCGCAUGCGCCACUGGUGUGUCGCGCCCGGCGACGGCAUCCCGGUCAACGUCGAGCACAUGAACGACCGCGAAGGCUCGCUGGUGCUCGUUGCGCUCGGCGAAGCGGUCGUGAGUGCCGUCAUCAACAGCCGCCACGUGUCGUCGCCGCUUCCAAACCGCUUCUACGUCAUGAUGCUGCUCUCGAUGCUCGUCAACUUUGCCCUCGCGCUCUUUUAUUUUGCGGUCAAGCCGCCGCGGACGAUGCACGCGGUCCACCAGUCGGUGCGGCGCGCGUCGUUGUUUACGCUUCUCCACGUGCUGUUGCUCCCGACGAUUCUGGCGCUGGGCGUCAGCAUGAAGUUCAUCGCGGAAGCGGUCUUGCGCAAUGAGAAGCUCGAUGUGGCGGUUGUGUGGCUGCUAUUUGGCGCCAUGGCGCUCUGCAUGGUGUGGAUCUUUCUGUUGCGCGGACUGCACUACUGGGGCGCACAGCCUGCUACAACAGACCGGCCCAAUGUGAAGCGCAUCAUCCGUGGCUGGUGGGCUCUCAUGGUGGGCUGGCCGCUUCUCCCGCUUGCAAGUGGCCAAGUGCUCAUGGUGAUGGCCCCGCGCGGUGUCGACCCGCUCAUCGCGUUGGGCGCGGCCGCGGCCUGUGUCCUCUUUUGGAUCUUCUCGGAAACUGCGAUCAUGAAUUAUCUUGCCGUGCUCAGUGAAACGACAGGACUUCGAACCCCGGAGCUCUCACCGCUCGUGCUUCGGGUCAACUCGUCGCGCAACGUAAUGAACUAAGGUUUGAGUGUAUUAAUACGUGGCAAAACCGUGUGG